GAACCUGCCCCCCCCUAAGAAAAAACAGAUUCAGGAAAUCAAAAUACAGAUUUCAUGUAUCAUUAUCAGCAAUUAUCAAGUCAAAAUCUACGCAGUCUUUAAUAAUUGUUACUGGGUCGGGGCCGUUUUGCAGUUACAUCGUUACCUAACAACCUUCAUUUCUUUUUCUUUAUUGCUUCUCAAAGAUCCGUAUUGUAAACGGACAUUCAUUUCUUACACACCAUAAUAGUCACUUACUCUGUUUUUUAGUCUUAUAUUCACCAUUCAAGAAACCCAAAAGAACCUAUCUUGAAAACUUAGAGAAGACAAUAUGAACAACCAACGGGAAUCCGAAUCCACCACUACCAAUGGAGUCCAGAUCCGACAAUCAAGAAGAUUGCCAGAUUUCUUGCAUAGUGUGAAUCUUAAGCAUGUCAAGCUCGGUUAUCAUUAUUUGAUAACUCAUUUGUUGACUCUUUGUUUGGUCCCUUUAAUGGCUUUUGUUAUUUUUCAAGCUUUUCAAUUGAACCCAAAUGACAUUCACCAACUUUGGCUUCAUCUUCAGUAUAAUCUUGUUAGUGUCAUUAUUUGUUCUGCUUUUCUUGUUUUUGGAGCCACGGUUUAUAUUAUGACCAGGCCCAGAUCCCUUUUUCUUGUUGAUUAUGCUUGUUACAAGCCUCCAUCAAACUUACAAGUCAAAUUUGAGCAAUUCAUGGAGCAUUCAAGUCUGACUGGUGAUUUUGAUGAUUCUUCGUUGGAAUUUCAAAGGAAGAUUUUGGAAAGAUCAGGUCUUGGUGAAGAAACUUAUGUCCCUGAAGCUAUGCAUUAUAUUCCACCAAGACCAUCAAUGGCAGCAGCUAGAGAAGAGGCACAGCAGGUGAUGUUUGGUGCACUGGAUGUUUUAUUUGCAAAUACUAAUAUCAAGCCUAAAGAUAUUGGUAUUCUUGUUGUGAAUUGUAGUUUGUUUAAUCCUACACCCUCGUUAUCUGCAAUGAUUGUUAACAAGUAUAAAUUGAGAGGGAAUAUUAGAUCUUUUAAUCUUGGGGGAAUGGGGUGUAGUGCUGGGGUUAUUGCUGUUGACCUUGCUAAAGAUAUGUUGCAAGUUCAUAGGAAUACUUAUGCUGUUGUUGUAAGUACUGAGAACAUUACACAGAAUUGGUAUUUUGGGAACAAGAAGUCAAUGUUGAUACCGAAUUGCUUGUUUAGAGUCGGAGGUUCUGCUGUUUUGUUGUCAAAUAAAGCUAAAGAUAAGAGAAGAGCCAAGUAUAAGCUUGUUCAUGUGGUUAGAACUCAUAAAGGAGCUGAUGACAAGGCGUUCAAGUGUGUCUAUCAGGAGCAGGAUGAUGCUGGGAAAACAGGGGUUUCUUUGUCAAAAGAGCUCAUGGCAAUUGCUGGUGGUGCACUUAAGACUAAUAUCACAACCUUGGGUCCUUUGGUUCUUCCCAUCAGUGAGCAACUUUUGUUCUUUUCAACUUUAGUUGCUAAGAAAUUGUUCAAUGCAAAAGUGAAGCCGUACAUCCCUGAUUUUAAGCUUGCGUUCGAUCAUUUCUGUAUUCAUGCCGGGGGUAGAGCCGUGAUUGAUGAGCUUGAGAAGAAUCUGCAGCUUUUGCCUAUUCAUGUUGAAGCUUCCAGGAUGACUCUUCAUCGGUUUGGUAACACUUCGUCAAGCUCAAUUUGGUACGAGUUGGCUUACACUGAGGCAAAGGAAAGAGUACGGAGGGGGGACCGUAUUUGGCAGAUUGCUUUUGGCAGUGGUUUCAAGUGCAACAGUGCAAUUUGGGAGGCUCUGAGGCAUAUUAAGCCAUCUUCUAAUAAUCCAUGGCAGGAUUGCAUUGACAGGUAUCCAGUGCAGAUAGUCAUGUAGCUUGCCAACAACUUGGUUAUAGAUUCUUAAUUUGGAGGAGUUACCUUGAUAGACAGACAAGGGAAUCACUCUACUAUUUUUUCUUCUUUUUGUUAAUUUAUUGGGUCAGGUCAUGUGUGAGGAAUGUAGUCAUAACAUUAUGGAGUCUUUUCUAGUGUUCUUGUACUUCGUCUUAGUUCUUGUACUUCAAUGCUUUGAUGGAUUUUGUUCUGAAUGUAGUCAAAACAUUAUGUAGUGUUUGGUUUGAUUUAAAGGCAUAUAAAAUCCUAACUUUAGAUGAA